AAAAAAGAAAAAAAAAUUUUCCUUUCACCCAACGUUUUAUCAAUAAAAAUCUGUCAAAAUUGACGAAGUAUUUGAAGAACUGAUGAAAAUGGAGGUCCUUCCAGUACAAAAUCAAUUUAUGCAACGUCAAUUCGGCGCAUUGGGAACAAAUAGAGUCCAAGUAUCCGAAUGGAUAACACCGCCAUCAAGUACUAAUCAUAGUAGUAGUAACACAAAUAAUAAUAACAAUACAAAUAAUAGGAGUCAACAAAUUGAAUCAGAACCACCAAUUCCUAUUCUAAGUACGUCGCCGCAAGAGGAUGCGUUGCAAGCACUCACGUUGCGUCUCCAAAAUGAACUUAGAGUGGCCAAACAAAGGCAUUUAGAGUGCACUGAAGUAUUAUUACCGUCAGACUUGUUACAUAGGAUAGCGGAGGAGAUGUUUGUAAUGUCGGAAAAGGAGCCAUGUGGCAUCCGUGGAUGUAGCUUAUUUAUUGAAUUUGAAGAUGAACCAGAUAAUACGAGGCGUAUCGCUUCACUGAAAACAGACCCGAAUACAGUGUCAACAUUUGAAUUAUAUUUAACACUUAAGCAUGACCGUAGUGGAUGGACUUCAAUUUUGCCACAAUUUUUAAAAAAUUUAGCACGUGGCAGUACAAUAAUGAUUAGUCCCGAAUAUAAAUUAACAAAAACAAAGUUGUAUCGUUCAUUUUCCGAGUAAAUAAUCUUCUCAUCCAACACCUCUUCUUACGGAGAAAAAAAAAUAAAUUGUAGAUGAGCGAAAAAAACAAACAUUAAAAAUUAUAUACAAAAACUUCUUUUUGUAUCAGUGAUGUGCAUAUGAAUUUUUUAAUUAAUUAUUAUUAUAACUACUAUAUUACUACAACAAUACAUACUAAACUCAACAACAAACAACAUUAUCGCUACAAAUAUAUUUAAAAAAGAAACACAAGCAUCUAAUCAUCAAUAGCAGUAGGAACCGUGUCUCAGAUCUCACAUACAUACAUUUAUACACACAUAUAACUACAUUUAGUAAGGAUUAGACGAAGAAGAGCCAUCUCUGAAAAGCAACAUACACAAAACACAAAUCAUCAUCACCUUGCGACGAACAACUGAAAUAAUAAUGAUAAUAAUAACAUGGUAAUCGUUGUGGAGUUCUCCCCCCAUCCAUCCCCAAAUUCAACCAUCAUUCGACGUUGAAUCCCAUCUUCCAGUGUACUAAAAUUGUUAGCAAGAAAAAAAAACUAAAUCAACGCUUCAUCAUCUCUUUUGGACCAAAUAUAACCGUACAGUACAGUUUUACUAAGGUAGGACACACCUUGUAUAAGAAUUUUUGGAAUUAAUUUCUUCUUGUAUUAUAUAUUAUUUUUUAUUAUAAACAUCAUUAUUAUUAUUAUUGGAAAAAAAAAAUUAAAUAUUUUACUACAACAUAAUAAUUAAUAAUAAUGAAUAUAAAAAAUAUAUAUAAUCACUGAUUAAACAUAUGAUUAAAAAAUACU